AUGGCAACCUCCUCCCCCUCAAAGAUCUCCUUGCUGACGCUCCCGGUGGAAGUCAGCAAGGAGAUCUUGAGGAAUCUCUUGCUCGUAGAGCGCAACCGCGGCCUGGAGACGGCCUUGGGGCCCCUGAACUGGCCUUACAGCCAUCUGGCCAGAGACACCAACCAGUUUCGGGACUGGUGGAGGCGCUUCAACAAGAUGGCGGAGCCAAGCAACCACACCAUGAACCGCGACUCCGAACUCUUCUGGGCCCGAGGCCGCACCAAGAACACCAUCACGCUCGACUUGGCCGUUCUGCGCGUCUGCAAACAGCUUUACGAGCAAGGAAUCACGAUUCUCCUGGAGGAGAACAAGUUCAUCGCAAUCUUUGGGGAGAUGGCCGUGUGCCGCGACGAGAUGAAGUGGUCAAAGAUUUGGAAACCAUAUUGGCAAUGGGACGCGGAGAACACUCGCUUUGUUGGAUCGCCGGUCGAGGUCAAGCCAGUCUUGUCGCUUCUCUUGAAUGGAGAAGAUUAUCAUGAACGCUGGGCGAAGCUCGUGCCGGCCGCAGACCUGCCUGUUGUGGCUGCAGCAAUGGCGAUCGAACAAUGGAGGGACAUAGGGGCCCAGCUCCCCUUUAUUGUUGACCUCAGAAUCAAAUCCGACGCGCAGCCAAGCGACUUUGGAGGAAACAACAAAGAAGAUGACAUUGUCGAUUACCUCGCACCGCGCCUCCUGGUCUGGAUUGGUGAGAGUAUCAGAACCGUCACGGUCAGCAUCGGACGGCCCGAGACAGUGGGAAGCAUCCAAGUAUGCGUCGACAUUGCACAAUCACUCAUCAGCGUCACCAGAGCCUGGCGCCUCUUACCACGAAACAAACAGACAACUCUUUACCUCCAGAAGUUCAUGUCAUACCUCAAUAAGAUCGAUCAAGCCAUCAAAGAUGGCAAUGCCGACAGAGCACUCUUCACCUUCUGGCAACUCACUGACGAGCUGCAAUGCUUCCACUGGCAUCCAGCCAUUCGCCCCCUGCUCGCCGCGCGAGAUUUUGACGCUUUCCAGCUCACCGACUUACCAAACGCAUACUGGACCAUCUACUCACUUGCCUGCCACCGCAUGGCCACCGCCGCCUUACAGACUGUCCCUUCCAACUUCUUCGGACCGACCUCGUUCUUGCAUUGGGCCAUCAUGCGCGCUGAAGUGCCAAUGAUUCAUUUCGCCCACCAGAGAGACUGGCAGCUGCGCACAGUCCUUCAGAUCGCUCGUCUUCUCAUCCAAGCAGGCUCGACACGCUGGGAGCUAUACGACUGCGUGUACACUGCUGCCGAGCAUUUCGACCUUCGUUCGCCAAACGCCCGCCAUCCUGACGGCAAUCCAAAAUUCCGGGACUUGAAAAUCAGUCUGCCAUCGUACAAAAGACUCUCCCUUCAGCCGCAAGAGUACCAGUACCCUCACCCACGCCAUCUGACAGCUGGAGAUAUCGCUGGAAUCGAUUUUUUGGUCGGAGAAUGGACGGAGGAGGUCCAGAACGUGUACGGAGAGGCCAAAAUGAGCCUGCAUCAAGUCUAG